AUGAGAAGUGUCCUGGCUCAUUACAACGCCUGCAAAGUAAGGGACCAGGCCGUGGUGGAUGACGGUACUGACACUGAGGAGGAUGGGACAGCAGCCUGUGGGCCCCCAUGGACACCAUACUGGACACCAUACACUGACGGGACCGAUUGGCUGCAACCUCUCACACCACCAAGCAAACCCUCGGGCUCCCAGCGAAUCGCCUCAGCCCUCACAUCAAGCAAGAAUGGCUCCAGUGAGAAGCGGGAGGUCCGUCAAUUCCAGUUCACAGCGUGGCCUGACCAUGGUGUACCAGAAUACCCGACCCCCUUCCUGGCCUUCCUCCGUAGGGUGAAGACCUGCAACCCACCUGACGCUGGACCCAUCAUCGCACACUGCAGUGCGGGUGUCGGCCGGACAGGUUGCUUCAUCGUCAUCGACGCCAUGCUUGAGCGCAUCAAGCACGAGAAGACGGUCGACAUUUACGGCCACGUGACGCUGAUGCGCUCACAGCGGAACUACAUGGUGCAGACAGAGGACCAGUACAGCUUCAUUCACGAUGCACUGCUGGAGGCAGUGGCCUGCGGCAACACUGAAGUGGCUGCUCGGAGCCUCUAUUCCUAUAUCCAGAAGCUGGCCCAGGUGGAGAGCGGAGAGCACGUGACUGGCAUGGAGCUAGAGUUUAAGCGUUUGGCCAACUCCAAAGCCCACACUUCGCGCUUCAUCAGUGCCAACCUUCCCUGCAACAAGUUCAAGAAUCGACUGGUCAACAUCAUGCCCUAUGAGACCACGCGUGUCUGUCUGCAGCCAAUCAGAGGCCUGGAAGGAUCCGAUUACAUCAAUGCCAGCUUCAUUGAUGGAUACAGGCAACAGAAGGCCUACAUUGCAACACAGGGCCCUCUGGCAGAGACUACAGAAGACUUCUGGAGAAUGCUCUGGGAAAACAACUCUACUAUUGUAGUCAUGUUGACCAAACUGAGAGAGAUGGGAAGGGAAAAGUGUCAUCAGUACUGGCCGGCGGAGCGCUCUGCCAGGUACCAGUACUUUGUGGUUGAUCCCAUGGCAGAGUACAACAUGCCGCAGUACAUCCUCCGAGAAUUCAAGGUCACAGAUGCCAGGGAUGGCCAAUCCAGGACAGUAAGGCAGUUCCAGUUUACUGAUUGGCCGGAGCAAGGCGUGCCUAAAUCCGGGGAGGGAUUCAUUGAUUUCAUUGGCCAGGUGCAUAAAACCAAGGAGCAGUUUGGACAGGAUGGACCUAUCUCUGUCCACUGCAGUGCUGGCGUGGGCAGGACCGGAGUCUUCAUCACCCUCAGCAUUGUCUUGGAGCGAAUGCGCUAUGAAGGCGUGGUUGAUAUCUUCCAGACAGUGAAGAUGCUCCGGACACAGAGGCCAGCCAUGGUCCAGACUGAGGAUGAGUACCAAUUCUGCUAUCAUGCAGCUCUGGAGUAUUUAGGAAGCUUUGAUCACUAUGCAACGUAAAAAGCCAUCUCUUCCCCCAAGAAUCCUGUCGCCCCCCUCAACAGUCUCCUGAGCCAUAGAAACUUUGAAAUUUGAAAAGACGACAGCAGACGACGAUAACAUCAGUAAUUCAGACACUCCUAACAGGAUCCCAUUGUAGAUUUUUAGAAGACGACGCCCAACCAACCAGUUUAGAAUAAUUCCAAUUCGACUAAGAGACCAGUCAUGAUCAAAAUUGGCCAGAAAAGAGUAUUCUCCUCAGGAGAGGAACCAGACGCUGUGGCUCAAGCUGUGGGGCAGGAAUCGAUCAAAGUGUCAGACUGCUUACCUUACCUCAAGUGUUUCAAUGUGGAGGACAUUGUAAACAUUCGUGGACAUUUCUCUUCUCAAAAAUAUCUUCGUGAUACAACGGUAACAAGCAACAGAUAAUGAAGGAGAAAGCAACAGCAAAAAUCAAUGAGAGGCAGAUGGAUGUAGCCAAGAUGGGGUGACUUUCUUGUUUUUUUGAUAUGCUUGGGUGUCAAAAGGGAGUUCAAGUAUUUCUAUCAACGCAUUUUGUGAGUGAUAUCCAGAGAAAUGACCAAAUUGUGGUUGCCUGUGUGAACACAAAUGGUUUUCCCCAAACUCUGGUAAGACAAAAUAUCAAAAGAGUGGAAGCAUAACUAGCACCUGAACACUACCAUCUGGCAUUAAAUAAACCAAGUUUUUUUACGCUGUCCCACUAAUGAUAUGCAUAAUUUGUGUGUAGAAACACUCAACUAUUAAAGUAUACAUCACAUACCUGCCUGUUCUCAAGCGCUAAGAGCUUAGAGAAGGCAUUGUCAGUGGUUGUUGGGAAGAAAGCAGCAGCACAUAUAUUAAGAUCAGUUAGUUUUAUGAAUUGUGAAGUUGUGUAAUAUCAGUAUCCCAAGCCAGGUAACCACAGUGAUGUUGAAAAGUACCACAGUGUAUUUAAAAAGUGCUCCAGGAGGCUUGUGUUUCAGUCACCAGAGAAAUCGGGGGAAACUUCAGUUGUUGCGAGAAGCUGCGGCUGGGUCGUCUCACAGAUGGUUAUGCUGGGAGAAAUGGCGACCGUGUCCCAUGAUUUUUUACAAUCACUCCUCUCUUCGGAACCAUUGCAUCAUGGGGCUUCGGUGUUAACAUCCACCAUUUUGAACAAGAGAUAAAUCUGGUGGGCAAGAAGCUUUGGAACAAACGGAACAACCAAACAAGGAUCGCCACAAAGUCGGGGCUUUCUUUGUGUACAGUGACCAACGCUCAUCAUCAUUGUUUCAAACUUUUUUGUCUUAUGAGGAAUUAUCGUUCUUUCUUUUUUUGUUUUUAUUUUCUGUCAAAACCAAACAUGCUGCUUAUCUAGUGUAUGCUGUACGUGUGACUCUUGAGGGAGAGGAAACUGACAAACAAAAGAUGCCAGCUCUGCUAACCGCCCGCAACCAAGCAGGCAUGACUGAAAGUGCAUCCACAUGACGACAUCGUCCACCAGUCUUUUCCACCUCUCCUUUCUUUUCUUUCUCCUCUAUAAUCAUCUAUUUCAUUGUAUAAGACACUCAAGAGUGACAGAGGCCUGUUGCAAUUACAAAGCUGUACAUUCAUGUGGUUGAAAAAAUUGGCCUUUAGUUCCACUGUAUGUGUGUUUGGUAACAGGUGGAUAAACAAAGUAGUUGCUUUGAUUUUUGUCCUCCGUUUUAUAGAUGAUGUCUCUGUGGAUGCCACAGCAAGACCAGGCAGCCAUGUUGGAUAUCAAUGCCAUGAUGUGAUAAUGAAAUUCUUCGUUACGAGUUACUUGCACAUCCCUAAGAAAAAAAAAAAAAAGAAAGGAAAAAAAAAAACUUGAAACCAAUACCCCAAAAACAAACGCAGGUUGGAUUUGACACACUAAUCUAUACGUGUCUGAAAAAAAGCAAGCUUUUUAAAUUACCAGGUUUUCAUUUUGAGAUCAGUCUUUCGGUAUAGAUGAGUGUGCGGAUUCUGCAAAGAUGGGUGUGCACAAAAACCAGAGCGAUGGACAGAACUGUGUGUAAUCUUUUCUUAUUUCCAGAAAAGCCUUAUUGUUAUUGUAACAUUAUGUAAACAUUAAUGUUGUAUUAUGACGACUUAUUUUACAUUACAUAGUUGACUUUUUAUUUUCUUUUUGGUUUAGUUUUUUAACAGAUGUUGUAUCUCUUUUUUUUUUUUAAUUAGCAGGAAAAGAGAAAUGCUUAUUUGUUCAUAUUGCGUUUAAAGACAUUCUAUUUUUUCACUGUAGAAAUGUUAAGUAUAACAUGUCUGUGUGGAUGUGUGCAUAUAUGUAUUUAUGCAUAUAUAUACUGCACACUCACACAUGCAUAUAUAUUUAAAUGCAGAAUAUAAAGAUAUAUCCAAACACUUAGUAUUAAUUCAAUUUUUCUCCUCAUCAGUUAUUUUUUUUAUAUAUACCAGUCAGUGCUCAUGUUUGAAAAUAUGACUUUUUAUUAGUUCCUUUUUGUUUGUGUUUGUUUUUUUGUAAUCUUAGAGACCUUGUGUGUUUCUUGUCAAAAAAGGGUAAGGGGAUGUCAAUCCUCUGCCUCCACUCACCAGUUUAACUUCUACUGCUGGGUAGAUCCUGUGCCGAUGAGGAGACGCCAUUUUUAAACCUUCUUUAUCAUUAACUUGUAGGCAUUAGUAUUAUUUUGUUUUGUUUUUUGAGCAACUGUUGAAUGAUGAACUGGUCUACAAAAUAUCUAAUCAAUCAAAAAAUUUCAUAAUUAAACUUCUUUUGUUAUCUAUGUCAGCCCAACUUGACAUACUGUACCUUGUAUGAUCAUGUAUAGCCUAUGACCCUCACAGAUUUAAGAAAAAAAGUUCUUUCUCUUAUUUUUUACUUUCAUUAUUUUCAGACAUAACGUGGUCAUUCAUUUUGUUAGAUAUCCACUAUGAUCUAGAAUAUACUUGUAAAUAAACAAAUAUAUAGAUUAUAUGUAUUUGUAUCAUUUGACCCUCAAGAUCUCAUACUUUAAGUGGGAACAGAAUUACAAAGAUCAAGGGUUCUGCUCAUAUCCGACUUCCUGGUGUUUGUAAAGCCUGUUUUCUCUCCUUCUGAAAUGUUCUUUCUCCAGCCCUGCUCCCUGAUCUUUAAUUACCACUCGCUUUUUUCCUGUCUUUAAUUUCCCCUGCUAGCAGUUAAACUGGGAAACAAGCCAGCUCCUGUUCUCACACCUAUAGCCUCAAUGAGGGCAUGAAAUCAGCAUCAGUUGUCUGCUGGUGUCAUUCAUUCAAGGACAGCAAGUUAGUCCACUUGACUCACAACCAUUUGAUUUGGUAAUCAACACUCAAUUCAACGUCCUGUUACAUUCUCAUACUCGAUGUGGACAGUAACUCUUUCCCACCCUGAUAUUAGUACGGAUCAACAAGGGAUAAGAUGGACUUUUCUCUUUUACAACAUGGAACUAAAGCAACUGCAGGUAAAAUAAUUGGUCCUCCAAAAUCUCCAAAUUCAACAAAAAAUAAAUUACCGAGGUCUAGAUUUUAGAUAUUUCCCUGCUACUGUGAGAAAUAAUGGUGUUCUUCAUUUCUUAAAAGUUUCCCAUAAAUCGCCAGAAGUUCCUCAGCUGUCCAACUGCCUAAAAUGCCAAUGUGUUGUCCAUAAAUAUGUCAUUGGCUGAUGGAUGCAGCUAUGCUGAAGGCCAUAAAUAGUUCAUUUGCAACAGGACAUAUUGAUUUAUUUUGUCCCUAUUGCAUUUUAAACAUUGUAUAGAACCAUACUUUGUGUUUUUGUUCAGCCAUGUUUCGUUGUGGGAUGCAGAAAGAAAUCAGGACUCAAUGAAACAGAGCAGUGCGAUGCAACCAAGGGAAGAACAAGACAACCAAAAACUUGCUGCAAAUUCACAUUUCCAGCACGUCAUUUCUGAACAGUGGGAACCUUGAGAUGUUUCAUAAUGAACUAAAAUCCUGAACUGAAGUCUUUUGGAACUU